GGGAUGCCAGUCAGAGCCUUCUGGACAUUUGAGAAUCAGGAGCAGCAUUAAAAAGGAAAGCAAACCAAGCCAGGAAUCAAAAUCUUUCCACUUCCUGCAAAAAAGCACAAAACCCUUCUCCUUCCCCAGCAGAUGAGAGAGAGGAAAAGAGGAAGAGUGUUUUGAGCUGCAAAAAUUGAGUAUGUUGAACUCAAGGAAACCUUACCUGGAAAAGUCAAGGGGGACAAGUAGAGAUUGUAGAUCACGGCUGAUUAUUCAGGAGAGGAUCCACACCAGAGAAAAGCCAUACAAAUGCUCCAAAUGCGGCAAAAGCUUUACUUGCAAGAGCUCCCUGGUGGUUCAUCGAAGGACCCACACUGGAGAGAAGCUAAAGCAGUGCUCUCAAUGUGGCAAAAGUUUUAGCAGGCACGCCAGCCUGGUGUAUCACAGGAGGACUCACACAGGAGAGAAACCGUAUGAGUGUCCGGAUUGUGGGAAAAGUUUCAGUCAGAAUUCCAACCUGAUGAAACACGAGAGGACUCACACAGGAGAGAAACCAUAUGAGUGUCCGGAUUGUGGGAAGCGUUUCAGUCAGAAUUCACAGCUGGUGAAACACGAGAGGACUCACACAGGAGAGAAACCGUAUAAGUGUCCGGAUUGUGGGAAAAGUUUCAGUCAGAGUUUCGACAUGGUGAGACACCAGAGGACUCACACAGGAGAGAAACCGUAUGAGUGUCCGGAUUGUGGGAAAAGUUUCAUUCGGAAUUCCCACCUGGUGAUACACCAGAGGACUCACACAGGAGAGAAACCAUAUGAGUGUCCGGAUUGUGGGAAAUGUUUCAGUCAGAAUUCCCAGCUGGUGAUACACCAGAGGACUCACACAGGAGAGAAACCAUAUGAGUGUCUGGAUUGUGGGAAAAGUUUCAGUCGGAAUUCCCAGCUGGUGAUACACCAGAGGACUCACACAGGAGAGAAACCAUAUGAGUGUCUGGAUUGUGGGAAAAGUUUCAGUCGGAAUUCCCAGCUGGUGAUACACCAGAGGACUCACACAGGAGAGAAACCAUAUGAGUGUCCGGAUUGCGGGAAAAGUUUCAGUCGGAAUUCCAACCUGGUGAUACACCAGAGGACUCACACAGGAGAGAAACCAUAUGAGUGUCCAGAUUGUGGGAAAGAGUUCAGACUUAGCUCUAGCCUGAUAAAUCAUGAGAGGAUCCACACCAGAGAAAAGCCAUACAAAUGCUCCAAAUGUGGCAAAAGCUUUACUUGCAAGAGCUCCCUGGUGAUUCAUCGAAGGACCCACACUGGAGAGAAGCUAAAGCAGUGCUCUCAAUGUGGCAAAAGCUUUAGCAGGCACGCCAGCCUGGUGUAUCACAGGAGGACUCACACAGGAGAGAAACCGUAUGAGUGUCCGGAUUGUGGGAAAAGUUUCAGUCAGAAUUCCAACCUGAUGAAACACGAGAGGACUCACACAGGAGAGAAACCAUAUGAGUGUCCGGAUUGUGGGAAGCGUUUCAGUCAGAAUUCACAGCUGGUGAAACACGAGAGGACUCACACAGGAGAGAAACCGUAUAAGUGUCCGGAUUGUGGGAAAAGUUUCAGUCAGAGUUUCGACAUGGUGAGACACCAGAGGACUCACACAGGAGAGAAACCGUAUGAGUGUCCGGAUUGUGGGAAAAGUUUCAGUGUUAACUCCACCCUGUUGAUUCACCAGAGGACCCACACAGGAGAGAAACCAUAUGAGUGUCCGGAUUGUGGGAAAAGUUUCAGUCAGAGUUUCGAUAUGGUGAGACACCAGAGGACUCACACAGGAGAUAAACCGUAUGAGUGUCUGGAUUGUGGGAAAAGUUUCAGUCAGAAUUCCAACCUGGUGAUACACGAGAGGACUCACACAGGAGAGAAACCAUAUGAGUGUCCUGAUUGUGGGAAGCAUUUCAGUCAGAAUUCCGUCCUGGUGAAACACGAGAGGACUCACACAGGAGAGAAACCGUAUGAGUGUCCGGAUUGUGGGAAGUGUUUCAGUCAGAAUUCACAUCUGGUGAUGCACAAGAGGACUCACACAGGAGAGAAACCAUAUGAGUGUCUGGAUUGUGGGAAAAGUUUCAGUGUUAACUCCACCCUGUUGAUUCACCAGAGGACCCACACAGGAGAGAAACCAUAUGAGUGUCCAGAUUGUGGGAAAAGUUUCAGUCAGAGUUUCGACAUGGUGAGACACCAGAGGACUCACACAGGAGAUAAACCGUAUGAGUGUCCAGAUUGUGGGAAAAGUUUCAUUCGGAAUUCCCACCUGGUGAUACACCAGAGGACUCACACAGGAGAGAAACCAUAUGAGUGUCCGGAUUGUGGGAAAAGUUUCAUUCGGAAUUCCCACCUGGUGAUACACCGGAGGACUCACACAGGAGAGAAACCAUAUGAGUGUCCGGAUUGUGGGAAAAGUUUCAUUCGGAAUUCCAACCUGGUGAUACACCAGAGGACUCACACAGGAGAGAAACCAUAUGAGUGUAUGGAUUGUGGGAAAAGUUUCAGUCGGAAUUCCAACCUGGUGAUACACCAGAGGACUCACACAGGAGAGAAACCAUAUGAGUGCCCGGAUUGUGGGAAAUGUUUCAUUCGGAAUUCCGACCUGGUGAUACACCAGAGGACUCACACAGGAGAGAAACCAUAUGAGUGUCCAGAUUGUGGGAAAGAGUUCAGACUUAGCUCUAGCCUGAUAAAUCAUGUAGGUUUACACAUAGGAGAGAAACCGUUCAAAUGCCCAGACUGUGGACGGUGCUUCACAAACAAUUCUUCCCUCAGCAGACACAAGAAAAGGCACAUGAGGCAGAAGGUGAGGAAUGUAGAGAAGGCUUGAAUUUUACGUCUCAUCUACCUUUGGGCAUUCCCCUGAAAAGUUAAGUAUUUAAUUUCUGGCCUGAUUCUUUGUAGUCAAAUAUGUCUCAGUAUUAGAGAUGAGGGGGGAGAGAAAAAAAAUGGAAAAUGUUAGUUUGAGAAAGGCUAACUAAAUGUUUCUGGCUAUCAGCAGAAGUUCCCAGUCAGCUGAUGCAGGUCUUAAAAGAUACAAAAAAGAUAGCUGCACUCAGAUUUUAUGAGAGAAUCCGUUAGGGACAAGUGUGGCAGUAGUGUAAAGUUUCAGAUGUAGAGGCUCUUCUGCCUUGCAGUUGAACAGGGCUUCUUUUUAAGUUUUCCCUAAGAAUGCCUACAAGUAAAGGGUGGAAAAUGAUUUGGAGCUGCUAAGUGGGAUUUUAGCUACACAGAUGAAUCAUCAUUAUUUUGCUGAGUUCAGAAGACACCAAAGAAUUCAAGGCUUGUUCAUUGCAGGAACCCAAUUCAGAGAUCAGAUUAUAAUCCCCUUUUCCCCCCUAGUAGAUCACUUUGCAUAUGAUCCCUUUGCAGGAGGAGACUCAGCAGCCAGGACCAGGCCAGGGGUGGGGAGGAAGCAAGAGGCUCUUUUGGCCUUAGGCACAAGCUCCGAGUGGGUUCACACUUAAUGGUCUGCAAAGUUGUUAUAACUUCAAUAUAAAAUAUUCCAAGUUGAAU